UGACGCUGAGCUACGAGCCCGACGACAAAGCGACGCAGUGCUUCGACGGUCGGGGCCAGCCGCGCGACAACGGAGACACGUGGCACGAGCUGGACCCCUGCACGAGCUGCCAAUGCGAGGACGGGCGCAAGUCCUGCCACGCGACCAUGUGCCGGUCGUGCGAGCGAUCGCUACCCCGUGCCCCGGGGGAGUGCUGUCCACGAUGCGCCACCACCUCCUGUCCAAAUCUCGCCGAGACCUGCAAGCUCCUCGACUGCGGCGAGCUGGGACUCGCCGUCGACGAUAACGGCUGCACCACCUGCAAGUGCAGGACACCCGUCGAACAGAACGAGGUGAUGGAGGAGGAUGACGAUGACGAGGAGGACGAUGAGGAGGAUGAGGACGGGCUCGACGAGGACGACGAGUGUCCCGAGUCGCAGCAGUCGUGCAACCUCAGCUGCCAGUGGGGCUUCCUCAUGGACUCGAGGGGCUGCGUGUUUUGCCAGUGCAGGCCGCGCCCCGACUGUCCGGCCAUCAUUGACUGCGACCUCGAGUGCCCGCAAGGCUUUACCAUGGACGAGCUCGGCUGCCCGACCUGCCGGUGCCUGGACAGCUGCCUGGACGAGCGCAACGUGACACAUCUCGAGGGAGCGCGCUGGCGCACCGACUACUGCCGUAGCUGUUCCUGCGAGCCCGGCGGCCGGAUCUUCUGCAACGAGACCAUCUGCGCGGUCGCCUGCGGCAAUCCCCUGCCACCGCCCCCGGGAAAAUGCUGUCCGAUCUGCCCCACCCCCUCGAUAAAGUACGGAAUAAAAGUUUCCAUCUUCGGCAGAUAA